AUGCAGCAGUCACGAGAACCUAUCAACAACUUUCUCCAUGAACAACAGUUCCCGCCAACACCUCCGUCGGAACCAUCGAGCGACCUGACCAAGAUGACGACAAACUCUACCAAUGCCAGUUCAACCUCCAGCACAGUUCCGCCCAGGCACAAGCACAUCUGGGUCAUAACAGGGCCAGCCGGCUGCGGAAAGACAUCAGUCGCCGAGUACCUCCACCAGACUCAAGACCUACCAUACCUGGAAGGCGAUACUUUCCAUACCCCAGCCAAUGUCCAAAAGAUGGCCACAGGCCAACCCCUGACAGAUGCAGACCGCUGGGACUGGCUCGUGACACUCCGCGAAGAAGCUCUGAAGAACCUCUCACAGCCUGGUACUCCCGGCGUCAUCGUCACCUGCUCCGCCCUCAAGCGCAAAUAUCGAGAUGUCAUGCGCGUGGCCACCUACCACCAUCCUGAGAUCCGCGUGCACUUCAUGUUCUUGCGAGCUAGUGAGGCAGCGCUGAUGGAUCGGGUGAGGGCGAGACAGAACCACUACAUGAAGGACUAUAUGGUCCACAGCCAGUUCGAGAGUCUUGAGGCUCCUACCGGGGAAGAAGACGAUGUUCUCGCCGUGGAUGCGAGUGGAACGAGCGCGGAGGUACAGGAGUUAGCUAGAGGGGUCUACGAGAAGACUAUGUCGGUGGAUAUGUAA